CAAACGCUGAAGGCUGAAAGCAGCAGCGAGCUCUCAGCUGCUCGCAGUCCUGCUCAGUCUGGCGCUGGCGACGCUGAACUGGCGGCUGCAACUGCGAGAAACUUCUGAGAUUUCUCCUCUCUCCUCUUUGUUGAAGAUGACCUAACUUCGAAAGAGCCUCUGCUGGCCAGGGAUCAGCUGAAGUGUGAGAGACUCUCUCCCAAAUCCACCACCACCAUCAUCAGCACUUGAGGACUGCUCCGCAGAUGGGAGGUCACCAACCGGUCAUCUGUUUCGCCCAAAUGCACUAUCUGCCCUCCACCCUUAUCUAAGAUGGCUGCCCGUGGCCUUCUCCUGCACCUGAACAGACUGGAGCAGAGCUGCGUGUUACCAUGGUGAUCAUCUUCUCGAAAACACUGGAAAAGAAGAAGGGUGUCAAUGAUGUAAGGUCCAAUAACAUCGAGAGACGGCUGCGUGAGCUCCACACCAUGAGUAGAGGAACUACCCUCCUCUCCUGUGGAACUGUGGGGUGCACCUGCCUCCACACAACGUUGCACAGCACUCUCAUGGGAGAGGCAGAUAGGUGGCUGGACCUGGGGCGAAGCUGUGCCAUUCAGCAGAGAGCUCCCUGCCAGUCUGGUGGUGCCAGUCUAGAGAGCUUGUGGGAUGUGAUGCCUGAGCCGGGGAGCCGGCUCUGGGCCAAGGAGCCCGGCAGCGCCACAGCAAUCACCAGUCUGAUAAGAGAUCUCAGCCUCUGUGACGGCAGCAUGACUAACUCCCACUUGCACACCAUGUCCACCACUGCACAUUUCACCACUACAGCCACCAGCCAAGCUCCCACGGCGCCCCCCAGCAAACGCCAGUGUCGCUCCCUGUCGCUCUCUGAUGAAUUCAGUGGUUUCCGCUCAUCUUGGAGGCCCCAAGGUUCCCGAGUGUGGACAACAGUGGAGAAACGACGGUGCCACAGCGGGGGGAGCCUCCGAGGGGGAGGGGGUUUUUCUGGCGGCCAUUUCCCCACCAUGCAGCGUAGCUCCAGCUUCAGUUUGCCCUCACGCUCUAGCAUCCCCACAGAUGGAGCCCUGGACCUGCCGUUCUUCAACCAGCGACUGCCUCUCCACCCUCAAUUCACUGCCUCUCCAGUCUCCCCUACCUCUCCUUCUGUGCAACAUCACCACUCCCGCCAUCACCACUUCCUCAGACCUCUCUCCCUCUCCCACGAGCAGAUCAGUCUGCCUGAGCUCCAGAGGGAGGAGGCCUCAGAGGCCAGCUCUCCAGACUCCACCCCGGAAUUGGGGAGACGAGCUGGCCAGAAAGCCGGGGGCACAAGGUGUCUGUCUCGGAGCAGGUCCCAGCCCUGUGUUCUAAACGACAAAAAGAUCGGUAUGAAGCGCAGGAGACCAGAGGACGCCCAGGAACCGCGGCCCUCCCUGGACCUGGCAAAGAUGACUCAGAAACUUCCGACUUUUCAGAGCUUGAGCUGCCCUGGAUUCUCAUCCACCGACGGCUGCCAAUCAAGCCUGCCCCCUCCCUCCUCUGAGACUACCGACCAACCAGAUUCAGACUUCACCGCUGUGUCCGAUCUGCGACUGGAGUCACGGCAGGAAGUGAUAGGCAACGAAGAGGAAGAGGAUUCCUCCUACGAGGAACUGGAUAGCAACUCGACUUGUAGCGUGGACUCGCGGCCCGGGUCCCCUGUAGGUGAUGUGUGCGGUAAACGCACCCUCUGGAAGGGUGAUUGUGGGACACAGAGGGACAUUUUCCAGCUGGGAGGUGAGCUGGAUCUUGACCAGAUUGAAAGAAACUGAACAUUUUAUAGGAGAUUUUAAAAGACUGUGUCUUGACUGUUGUCGAAAGUUAAAGGAUAUCGGUGAUGUAUCAAAAGAUGGUUAUUAAGAAGGGCUUUGAGGAAAAAGAGUGGAGGAGUGUUUCAUCAACUUUGAAAGGGAAAGAUGUUAGAAAGACAAAGAAAGUGAUAAAGAAGAUAAAGGAUUAAGUAUGUUGUUAAUUGCUGGUUUCUUAGUGACACAUUUGCCUUGAAUAUUCUUACUGUUUGAAUCAAAAAGCAGUAACCUUAGUUGUUUUUCAUUGGGUAUUCAGCUUAACUCAGGAGUGGGAAAGUGAGGGUUAGUCUUAAGAAAACCUCCCAGCCCCCCCACUGUCUGUCAACCUGAUGACCUUUCCAAAGUCAGCUAACCUUAGCUUUGUAGUACUGUAGCAGUAGCUGGGCUGUCCUGUAUUUAGCCCAAGUUUGUUUUUCAGAGAAAGUGGGGUGAAACAGGGAGAGGUAAACAACAGGAAGAAGCACAUACUUACCCUUGACGUUUCUCUUCAUCUUUUGUGCACACACACGAAACUCUGAAUUUGCUGAAUGUAGGCUCAAUAAGCUUUAAGAGGAGUUCGGGGGGGGGAAAAAAGACAGUGCCUUCUUUUGGCUGCUUGCUCUCCUCGGUUCUCUUCAAGAAAGUAGCCUCAAUCGAAGCCACCUUUUCUGAGCUGUUUUUUGUAGUUUCUUUAAUAUGCAAAUUGUAUAUUUGAAUUAAACACUGAAUCUCUCAAGUUUUCAGUUCUAAUAUCAAUGUAUAUUUUUCUAAGUAACUGUUUUUUAUGAGCUGUUUGUGAAGGAGCAAGAGUACAAGGCCUUUCUUCUAACAGAAUGGACAUGAAAUAAAUUUACAACUGGCA